AUGGGAACACAGAAAAAAACGAAAAAGUUCGCUCAAGUCAAGCGGAUUAUCGGGCAGCGUGAUGCUCGUCUCAAGAAGAAUCAGGAAACCGCCAAAUCUGAAGAGCCAAAGAAGAAAAAGGACGAUGAUGUUAUUCGAGAAGCGCCUCAAGUCUCAUCUGCUCUGUUCUUCCAAUACAACACCGCUCUAGUACCUCCAUACCAAGUCUUGGUCGACACCAAUUUCCUCUCCCACACGGUCCAGAAGAAGUUGGAAAUGCUACCGACCAUGAUGGAUUGUCUCUACGCCAAAUGUAUUCCUAUCAUCACAGAUUGUGUCAUGGCCGAGUUGGAGAAGCUCGGUCAAAAGUACAGAAUUGCGUUACGCAUAGCAAGAGACGAGAGAUGGGAACGGCUACAGUGUGGGCACAAAGGAACAUAUGCAGAUGAUUGUAUCGUCGACCGAAUCAUGCGCCACAAGAUUUACAUUGUUGCAACCAACGAUAGAGACUUGAAGAGACGCAUUCGCAAAAUCCCCGGUGUGCCUAUCAUGAGCGUGGCUAGAGGGAAAUACCUAAUCGAAAGACUACCAGAUGCCCCCGAAAAGUGA